AUGUCUUUGUUGAGGUUGCCCUCUGGAGCUUUGUGUAGAGGUUUCUUAAGACCAGCCAGUUUGGCAAGAAACUUCUCUUCAUCGUUGCGUAUAUCUGCUGCUGCGUUCGAUCGUAAGAAACCGCAUUUAAACGUCGGUACCAUUGGACACGUUGAUCAUGGUAAAACAACUUUGACAGCUGCCAUUACGAAAACUUUAGCCAAAAACGGUGGUGCCGACUUCUUAGAUUAUGCCGCUAUCGAUAAGGCUCCUGAAGAAAGAGCCCGUGGGAUUACUAUAUCUACUGCGCAUGUUGAGUACGAAACAGCGAAUAGACAUUACUCGCACGUCGACUGUCCCGGACAUGCCGAUUACAUCAAAAACAUGAUUACAGGUGCUGCUCAGAUGGAUGGUGCGAUUAUUGUUGUUGCCGCCACCGACGGUCAAAUGCCACAAACUAGAGAGCAUUUGUUGCUAGCAAGACAGGUGGGUGUUCAGCAUAUUGUUGUUUUUGUUAACAAGGUUGAUACAAUGGACGACCCGGAAAUGUUGGAAUUGGUUGAAAUGGAAAUGAGAGAGUUGUUAACUCAGUACGGCUUCGACGGUGAUAACGUUCCAGUCAUCAUGGGUUCAGCUCUUUGCGCUUUGGAAGAUCGUCAACCGGAAAUUGGUGAACAGGCAGUUAUGAAAUUACUCGAAGCCGUCGAUGAAUACAUUCCAACCCCAAAGAGAGAUCUAGAAAAACCAUUCUUGAUGCCAGUUGAAGAUAUUUUCUCGAUCUCUGGUAGAGGUACAGUGGUUACUGGCCGUGUUGAAAGAGGUAAUUUGAAGAAGGGUGAAGAAAUUGAAAUCGUUGGUCACAAUACAACUCCGAUCAAGACUAUCGUUACUGGUAUUGAAAUGUUUAGAAAAGAAUUGGACCAAGCUAUGGCUGGUGAUAAUGCUGGUAUUCUAUUAAGAGGUGUCAGAAGAGAUCAACUGAAGAGAGGGAUGGUCUUGUGUAAACCAGGUACUGUCAAGGCUCACACCAAAUUCUUAUCCUCCCUAUAUAUCUUAUCAAAGGAAGAAGGCGGUAGACACUCUGGAUUUGGUGAAAACUACAGACCACAAAUGUUUAUUAGAACUGCUGACGUUACCGUCGUUUUAAAGUUCCCACAAUCUAUUGAGGAUCACUCUAUGCAAGUUAUGCCGGGUGAUAACGUCGAGAUGGAAUGUGAAUUGAUUCAUCCAACUCCUUUGGAAGUCGGCCAACGUUUCAAUAUUAGAGAAGGUGGUAAGACUGUUGGUACCGGUUUAAUCACUCGUAUCAUUGAAUGA